CCUCCAUACACACAAAACGCUAUGUAUUGCUAGCAACAUAAAAAGACAACAAUUUCUAGAGAAGGGAACGAAAAAAGCAUACAGACCAGAAUGCCAAAAACACAGCGUAUGGAAGAAAAAUUUAGAGACUUCCUCGUAAAACUUAGUGGAUACUUUUCUGGAAUAAGAGUCCGUUGGUUGCGGUGUCUCUUAUAUGAUCACAUAGUAUUAGCAGAGUUAUCACGUAGUAACAUUGAUUUAAUUGGCCUAUUUAAUAAACUAGCGGACCAAGAUGAAAUAUCUUAUAAUAAUGUAGAUCUUUUGUCAGAAAUUGCUGAACUGACAAAAGAGAAGCCUGCAAUAUCUCAUGUAAAUGCGUAUAAAAAAGCUAUUCAAAGACAUUAUGUCCCAAUCACUGAUCGUAAGGAAUUAACACUAUAUCGAAAGAAUUUGUUCAAAGCAUUGAGAGCAGUAAAAGAAGAUGAAUUACAGUCCUUGGCUAACAGCUACCAACAAGAUUAUAGUGAAUUUAAAAACAUCUGGGAUCUAGUAUUCUUUUUGGAGACAUACAAGCGGUUGGAAGAUAAGCAAGACAAAAUAAAAAAGUUUGGGGAUCUUCUUAACCCAACGGCAAAAGAUAUCUUUCUAAAUGGGUUGCGUACAUCUUCUAGAAAGAGAAAAGGUGAGCAAUCGAGAGCGAGCAGCAUCAGCAGACCAGACGAUCCAGAUGCAUUGGAUGGAUUAGGUACAUCUAAAAGGAAAGACACAUUUUCUAAAAGGAAGAAAGGUGAGCAGACGGCAGCGAGAAGCAGCAACAGACCAGACGAUUCAGAUUCAUCUGACGAUAUCUGCUUCGGGUAAUUAUAAGAAAGUAAAUAUAUUCAAAACAUUUUCAGGCAGACGAAUCGUAAUCAUAGUGUAUGUCAAUAA